CACACUCACAGUCCUGCCUGAAGUCCUUUUUGGAACGUCAUGGACUGUCUUUGUUGUGGAUCUGGAUGGCAGAGCUUGGAGAUGGCCGGGAAAGUAACCAGAAGCUUCAGGAAGAGAUUAUAAAGACUUUGGAACAUUUGCCCAUUCCUACUAAAAAUAUGUUGGAGGAAAGCAAAGUCCUUCCAAUCAUUCAACGCUGGUCUCAGACGAAGACAACUGUCCCUCAGUUGAGUGAAGGAGAUGGCUAUUCCAGUGAGAACACAUCCCGCGCUCACACACCGCUCAACACGCCCGAUCCUUCCUCCAAGCUGACCGCAGAGGUGGACACAGAUACUCCCAAGAAACUCAUGUUCCGCAGACUUAAAAUUAUAAGUGAAAAUAGCAUGGACAGUGCCAUCUCUGAUGCAACUAGUGAGCUAGAAGGCAAGGAUAGCAAAGAGGACCUCGACCAGUUAGAGACCGUCACUGUAGAGGAAGAAGAGGAGCCGCAGCCACAGCUCCUCCCACAGCAGCUGCCCGAGCCCAAAGUUGAGAGUGAACCUCCCACAGAGGCCAGUAAGCCGCUCACAGAGCCAGAGGCGGACGUGGAGAUGGAGGCCAAAGACAGCAAUGGCACCAAACUGGAAGAAAACAUUGCUGAGGAGACUCCAUCUCAAGAUGAGGAGGAGGGUGUGUCUGAUGUGGAAAGUGAAAGGAGUCACGAACAGCCAGAUAAGACUGUGGAUAUAAGUGAUCUGGCCACCAAGCUACUAGACAGUUGGAAAGACUUGAAG